AUGACUGAAAAGAUUGACGCCUUAGUUAGUAUCAGAAGUGGUGAAAGGUUCGCUGCUGAGAACCAUGAAGCUAAUUUGAACGCUAUUACUUCGCAACCACUUUCAGUUGGUGAUGUGGCAGAGACGUUCAAUUCCGAUCAAAAGUUUUAUAUUUUGCAACGCUUAGGCUAUGAAAACCUUGAUACCUUUGAUGAUUUACCACCGGAAGCAGUCUUUAUGAUGGAGAAGAUAGCUCUGUUGGAUAUAAAUGAAGCUGUUGAAAUACUCAGAGAGUCUUUAGAGACCUUCGAUGGAGAUCUUAAUGUGCGCCAAGAGUCACUCGAUUUCAUUGAGAAGUUGGUAGCUUAUGAUCAAGCUGGAGAAGUCACUACAACGAAACAAAAGAUUGCUGAGAAUUUCAAGAAAUCUGAUGUGAAAGAGUCUGUUGUGUCGGUUGACGAAAUCAGUAGUGGGGUCUCCGAGGAUGAUUCUAUCACCGAAGUGUUUGACUGGAACUUACAGGCCAAGACGGAAGCAGGGCUUAUCGCAUUUUGGUCUAUCUAUCCCGAAGUGAGAUCUGUCACCCAACCAUUUGACGAUCCUUCUACGCCUUGUGAGACGUUCCGUGUUUACUUCCUUGGUCUUCUUUGGACUGUCAUCGGUUCGUUCAUUAUCCAGUUUUUCUCAGAAAGGAGACCUGCUAUUGGAUUAGGUACUUCUGUCGUACAGCUUUUCCUUUUCCCAUGUGGUAAGUUUUUGGAGUAUGUUCUUCCUGCUUGGGAUAUCAAAAUUUGGAAGUGGAAGUUCAACUUGAAUCCAGGUCCUUGGAGUGGAAAGGAACAGAUGUUGGCAACGCUUACCUAUUCUGUUAGUGGAGGUGCUAUCUACGUUUCUUGGAAUUUGCACAACCUUAUGUUGGAUCGUUACUACGGUGUAAAAUGGGUUGAUUUUGGAUACCAAGUUCUUUUGACGUUAGCCACAAACUUUAUGGGUUUCGGCUUCGCAGGUAUUGUUAGAAAGUUUGUGGUUUAUCCUGUCAACUGUCUUUGGCCUAGUAUCUUACCCACCAUUGCUCUUAACAGGGCCUUGUGUCAACCUGAGAAGAAGAGUAACAUCAACGGAUGGAAAAUUUCAAGUUUUGUAUUCUUCAUGCUCACGUUUGGUGGGUCGUUUGUUUAUUACUGGGUUCCAGACUACUUAUUCACUGCGCUCAGUACGUUCAAUUGGAUCACUUGGAUUGCUCCAGACAACUUCAAUGUGGCAGUCAUCACUGGUAUGCAAACUGGACUAGGAAUUAACCCAGUUUCUAGUUUCGAUUGGAAUAUUUUGUCGUGGACCGGUCCUUUGAACGUUCCCUUUUUCUCCACUUUGAACAACUACAUUGGAAUGGUCAUUGCUAUGUUCUGCAUUAUCGGUGUUUGGUGGUCAAAUUAUAAAUGGACAGGCUACCUUCCUAUCAAUUCUAACGCCUUGUUUACAAAUACCGGUAAGAGCUAUGCUGUGACAGCAGUCUUGAAUGAUAAAUUUCUUAUUGACGAGGAAAAAUAUCAGAAGUACGGACCUCCAUUUUAUUCAGCAGCUAAUCUCGUUAAUUAUGGAGCCUUCUUUGCCAUUUACCCAUUCACCGUUUUUUACACCUUGAUCAUGAACUUCAAGCAGAUCAAGUUUGCCGCAAGCGGGUUUGUUAAAAUGUUCAAGAACAGAAGGGUUUCUACCUACGAUGGUUUCAAUGACCCAUUCAGCAGAUCCAUGACCAAGUACAAGGAAGUCCCAGAGUGGGCUUUUAGUAUUGUUUUGGUUAUAUCAGUGGUGUUUGCUAUCUUGGCAGCAACCUUGUAUCCAUCAGAUGCUCCUGUUUGGACCAUCUUCUUUACGUUAGGUAUCAACUUCGUGUUCUUGAUUCCUUUAUGUAUUGUCUAUGCUACUACUGGUACGACUUUUGGACUUAACGUUUUGGUUGAAUUGAUUAUUGGUUACGCUAUGCCUGGUAACGGUUUGGGUUUGAACUUCGCUAAGGCUUUGGGUUAUGUCAUUGAUGGCCAAGCAGAGAACUAUAUCACCAACCAGAAACAAGCUCACUACAUGAGAAUUGCACCUAGGGCGCUUUUCCGUAUUCAAAUGAUCUCUGUGUUCAUUCAUUGCUUUGUUGCCUUGGGUACCUUCAACUUGCAGCUUUCUACAAUCAAGGACUACUGUGACCCUCAGCAACCUCAGAGAUUCAGUUGCCCUUCGGCUACUACAUUUUACUCCGCCUCGGUCUUGUGGGGUGUCAUUGGUCCAAAGAGAGUUUUCGGUGGCCUUUAUCCAGUUUUACAAUGGUGUUUCUUGAUCGGCUUCUUGUUGGUGUUCCCAUGUGUUUUGAUCAAAAAGUACUUUGGAAAGUAUAAGGUGGUGAAAUACUUCCACCCAGUGGUCUUAAUUAUGGGGUUCAUAAACUGGGCGCCAUAUAACUUGAGUUACUACACUCCUAGUCUUAUCCUUUCGUUCGUGUUCAUGUACUACAUCAAGAAGAGGUAUACUGCCUGGUGGUCCAAGUAUAACUAUAUCCUCUCUGGUGGUUUGUCUGGUGGUAUUGCGUUCUCCAGUAUCAUUAUUUUCUUUACCGUGCAAUAUACCUCAAAGUAUAUUAGCUGGUGGGGUAAUGAAGUGAACCUGUAUGGCCUUGACUACGUUGGGCCAAGAAGAUUCAAUGCUACUUUAGAGGCACCAGACGGAUACUUUGGUCCUAGGUACGGCGAGCUUCCAUAA